GCGUGGCCCGGCGCGGGGAGCGGCUCUGAGGGGACUGGAAGAAACGCGAGGCAUCCUACCCGGCCCGCUUUUCUACAAGAUGUUGGGAUUUUUGCAGCGCCCUGUGGUGGUGACAGCUGACAUCAACUUGAAUGUCGUGGCUCUGACCGCGGUGGGGUUGCUGAGCCGACUGUGGCAGCUUGCCUAUCCAAGGGCCGUGGUUUUUGAUGAAGUGUAUUAUGGGCAGUACGUCUCUUUUUACAUGAAGCGGAUCUUCUUUUUGGAUGGCAGCGGACCACCGUUUGGCCACAUGCUGCUGGCCUUGGGAGGUUAUUUAGGAGGAUUUGAUGGCAACUUUUUGUGGAACAGAAUUGGAGCAGAAUACAGCACCAACGUGCCCGUGUGGUCCCUGCGCCUGCUGCCGGCCCUUGCAGGGGCCCUGUCGGUGCCCAUGGCCUACCAGAUCGUGUGGGAGCUCGGCUUCUCUCACUGUGCCGCCGUGGGGGCCGCUCUUCUGAUUCUGAUCGAGAACGCUCUGAUCACUCAGUCAAGGCUGAUGCUUUUGGAAUCAGCGUUGAUAUUUUUCAACCUGUUGGCCGUGCUGUCUUACCUGAAGUUCUCCAACUCCCAGAAACACGGGCCCUUCUCUCCGAGCUGGUGGUUUUGGUUGAUACUGACGGGUGUGGCCUGCUCCUGUGCAGUCGGCGUCAAGUAUAUGGGUGUGUUCACAUACUUACUGGUGCUCGGGGUUGCCGCUGUCCACGCCUGGCACCUGAUAGGAGACCAGACGCUGUCAAACGUCCGUGUGCUCUGUCACCUGCUCGCCCGAGCGGUGGCCCUGUUGGUCAUCCCCGUCCUCGUGUACCUGCUGUUCUUCUAUGUCCACCUGCUGCUGCUCUGCCGCUCCGGGCCCCACGACCAAAUCAUGUCCAGUGCUUUCCAGGCCAGCUUGGAGGGGGGGCUGGCGCGGAUCACGCAAGGCCAGCCCCUGGAGGUGGCCUACGGUUCCCAGGUCACUCUGAAGAACGUCUUUGGCCAACCUGUGCCCUGCUGGCUUCAUUCCCACCAGAGCACCUACCCCGUGAUAUACGAGAAUGGCCGCGGCAGCUCCCACCAGCAGCAGGUGACCUGCUACCCCUUCAAGGAUGUCAACAACUGGUGGAUUGUAAAGGACCCCGGGAGGCACCAGCUGGUGGUGAACAACCCCCCGAGGCCCGUGCGGCACGGCGACAUCGUGCAGCUGGUGCACGGCAUGACCACCCGCCUCCUCAACACGCACGACGUCGCGGCCCCCCUGAGCCCUCACUCCCAGGAGGUGUCCUGCUACAUCGACUACAAUGUCUCCAUGCCCGCCCAGAACCUCUGGAGGCUGGACAUCGUGAACAGAGAGUCGGACACGGACGUCUGGAAGACCAUCUUGUCAGAGGUCCGGUUUGUGCACGUGAACACCUCAGCCAUCCUCAAGCUGAGCGGGGCGCCCCUCCCGGACUGGGGCUUUCGGCAGCUGGAGGUGGUCGGGGAGCAGCUGUCCCGGGGCUACCACGGGAGCGCCGUGUGGAGCGUGGAGGAACACCGCUACGGCAGGAGCCAGGAGCAGAAGGAGAGGGAACUGGAGCUGCACUCCCCUACGCAGACGGACGUCAGCAGAAACCUCAGCUUCAUGGCCAGAUUCUCGGAGCUGCAGUGGCGGAUGCUGACAGUGAGAAGCGACGAUUCCGAACACAAAUACAGCUCCACGCCGCUGGACUGGGUCACGCUAGACACCAACAUCGCCUACUGGCUGCACCCCAGGACCAGUGCACAGAUCCACCUGCUCGGAAACAUCGUGAUCUGGGCCUCGGCCAGCCUCGCCACCCUGGUGUAUGCCCUGCUCUUCACCUGGUACCUGUUCAGACGCCAAAGAAGAGCCUGCGACCUCCCUGAGGAUUGCUGGCCGCGCUGGGUGCUGGCCGGGGCUCUGUGCGCCGGGGGCUGGGCCGUGAACUACGUCCCCUUCUUCAUGAUGGAGAAGACGCUCUUUCUCUACCACUACCUGCCCGCACUCACCUUCCAGAUCCUGCUGCUUCCUGUGGUCUUGGAGCACGUCAGCGACCACCUGUGCAGGUCCCAGCUCCAGAGGAGCCUCUUCGGUGCGCUGGUCGUGGCGUGGUUUGCCUCUGCCUGUCAUGUGUCCAACACGCUGCGCCCGCUAACCUACGGGGACAGGUCACUCUCGCCCAGCGAACUCAAGGCCCUUCGCUGGAAAGACAGCUGGGAUAUCCUGAUCCGGAAAUAG